AUGAGACUAUCAACCACCAUCCCAGCCCUCGCGGCGCUCGUCUCGGUCCUGGCGGCAUCAGACGUACUCGACCUCACAAAGUCCUCCUUCAACAAGGAGGUCAUGAGUGAGGACCUGGCACUUGUAGAGUUCUUCGCACCAUGGUGUGGACACUGCAAAAACCUCGCCCCACACUACGAGGAAGCCGCGACGGAGCUUAAAAGCAAAAAGAACAUUAAGCUCGCCAAGGUUGACUGCACGGACGAGCAGGACCUAUGCGCCGAGUUUGGCGUGAACGGCUAUCCGACACUCAAGGUGUUCCGGAAUGGUGUUCCCACCGACUACUCGGGGCCGCGGAAGGCGGACGGUAUUGUGUCAUACAUGAUCAAGCAGAGCUUGCCUGCGAUCACGGAUGUGACCCUCGACUCGCACGAUCAGUUCAUCAAGGACGACAAGGUUGUCCUCGUCGCUUACGGUGACGCCUCGCACCCCGUUCCCCAGACGUACCUCGACUACGCCAACACUGCGCGCGACACCUACCUCUUUGGCCAGAUGGCUUCCGGCUCGCACCCCUCCAUCCCCGACUCCCCCUCCCUUCCUGCCAUCGUCCUCUACAAGCAAUUCGACGAGGGUCACACCGUCCUCCCCGCGUCGGAGGUCGCAUCCCUUACCGCCGAAUCGCUUGGCGCGUUCGUCAAGCUCAACUCGGUCCCCCUUAUGGACGAAAUCUCGCCCGAGAACUUUGCGUCGUACGCCGAGCAGGGUCUGCCCAUCGCGUACCUCUUUGUCGAGCCCGAGAAGAUUGACGUCCUCCAGCAAUUCGUCGAGGACCUCACUCCCCUCGCGCGCGAGCUCAAGGGCAAGGUCAACUUUGUCUACAUCGACGCCGUCAAAUUUGUCGACCACGGCAAGUCGCUCAACCUCCCCGGAGACGCUUGGCCCGCAUUCGUCAUCCAGGACCUCGCGGCCCAGACCAAGUACCCCCUCACUGGUGUCGCGGACAAGAGCUCCGUAGAGAGCUUUGUGCGCAAGUGGGUUGCGGGCGAUGUCAAGCCUAGCAUCAAGAGCCAGGAAAUCCCUACGGAGCAGGGACCGGUGUUCAAGCUUACCGCCGAUGGGUGGAACCAGCUGUUUGAUGACGAGAGCAAGGACGUCUUUGCCGAGUUCUACGCACCUUGGUGUGGUCACUGCCAGCGUCUCGCCCCUAUCUGGGAGUCCUUGGGUGAGAAGUACACCGCUACCAACUCUGUCGUCAUCGCCCAGAUGGAUGCGACCGAGAAUGACAUCCCCCCUCAGGCUCCCUUCAAGGUCUCUGGCUUCCCCACACUCAAGUUCCGCCCGGCCGGCUCGUCCGAGUUUGUCGACUACAACGGGGACCGAUCGCUCGAGAGCUUGAUCGAGUUCAUCGAGGCCAACCGGGCGUCCUCGGGCGGCGAGGAGCUCGGGAAGCGGGAUGUUGAGGGGGAGGCGGAAGUUGAGGAGGAGGAGGAGGAGGAUGACGCGCCCGAGCACGACGAGUUGUAG